AUAUAUUGGUAAGUAAGUUUGGUAUUCGAGUAUCAAAUUAAAAUGGAGUUUUGUAUUAGCCUUAAAAUUUUAAGCAAGGCACAAUACUGAAUUCGCUCCUAUUCAUGCAUCGUAUCAUACUUAAAUUUUUAAAUAGUAAAGUGACGGUUCUGGGUUGAAGAACAAGUAUACUUGCUUAAGCUUAACUAUUAUUAUAAGUGAUAUUAUGAAAUCUUAUGUUUUAAUUAAUACAGUGGUUGAUGCAAAUGGAAAAGACUAAAGACAUUUUAUUAUUACAUGUAAAGGUGUGUUAGCAGAGCAAGGGAGUCCCGGUUCAGUUCAUGUAAAGCUGUGUGGGUCCCACUCCCUCUCUCUCUCUCUCUGCUUUCAAGACCUAUCAGUCAAGUGCUCCCUUCAAACUUAAGAUUGAAAUUUUCUUCUUUGUCGUUGGGAAGCCGUGAUUUCUUCUUAUCUUCUCUGUUUCUACCCCCAAAUUGUUAGUGGUGUGAGCUUUUCCUGUUUUAUCCAAUCAGUUAUUAUGAGUCUAUAGUUAGUGGUGGCAUUAUUUAUUUAUUUAUUUAAUCGUUUGAAUUUAUCUAAAUUGGGAAAGCCUAUUUAUAACUCGAAGAACUUUAUGUGAAAUUAAACUUAGUUUAGAUCUAGUAUAUUGCAACGUGUAUGGCAAUUGUGAUGUCAAUUUAUUUGAGCUAUUAACUUAGAAAAGGAAAACAGUAGUACUUAGUUGUUGCCAUGGAAAGAGGGUUGCUUCUUUUGUUGUUCUUGUUGUUGGUUAUGGUGCUUUCUGUUUGUGGCAACGAUGUGGAAUAUUCACAGUGCAAUUGUGACGAGGAAGGGCUUUGGAGCAUCCACAACGUGCUGGUUUGUCAGAAAGUGAGUGACUUUUUCAUUGCCAUUGCAUAUUUUUCCAUACCCCUUGAGCUUCUUUACUUUGUGAGCUGCUCUAAUGUCCCCUUUAAAUUGGUCUUCCUACAAUUCAUUGCCUUCAUAGUUCUCUGUGGAUUGACCCAUUUGCUCAAUGCCUAUACUUACUAUGGCCCACACUCCUUCCAGUUGUUUCUUUCCCUCACUGUUGCUAAGUUCCUCACUGCUCUUGUUUCUUGUGCCACUGCAAUUUCCUUUCCCACACUCAUUCCUCUUCUGCUGAAAAUCAAAGUGAGGGAGCUAUUUUUGAGGCAGAAUGUGUUGGAAUUGGGCCAGGAGGUUGGGAUGAUGAAGAAACAGAAGGAAGCUAGUUGGCAUGUUAGGAUGCUCACUUGUGAGAUUAGGAAAUCUCUGGAUAAGCAUACCAUCUUGUAUAUCACACUUGUUGAGCUUUCCAAGGCAUUGGAUUUGCACAAUUGUGCAGUAUGGAUGCCUGAUGAGGAUAGGAGAGAAAUGCAUUUGACUCAUGAGUUGAAACCAAACUCAACAAGGAUUUUUCACAAUUCUAUUCCUAUAAGUGAUCCUGAUGUGUUGGACAUAAAGAAGAGCCAAGGGGUGUGGAUUUUGAGGCCUGAUUCUGCACUAGGAGCUGCAAGUAGUGGUGGUGGUGGAUCUGGAGAUUCUGGUGCUGUGGCUGCCAUUCGCAUGCCAAUACUUCAUGUUUCGAAUUUCAAAGGAGGCACACCAGAGUUUGUUGAAACAUCUUAUGGUGUACUGGUUUUGGUUCUUCCAAAUUCAGACUCCAGGGCUUGGACCUCUCAUGAAAUGGAGAUAGUGAAAGUUGUUGCUGACCAGGUGGCUGUGGCAUUGUCUCAUGCGUCUGUUCUUGAAGAGUCUCAGCUUAUGAGCCAGAAACUUGCAGAGCAAAACCGGGCGUUGCAACAGGCUCAAAAGAAUGCAAUGAUGGCCAGGAAGGCAAGGAGCUCGUUUGAGAAAGUUAUGAGUCAUGGAAUGCGGAGACCUAUGCAUUCAAUCCUGGGCUUGCUUUCAAUGUUUCAAGAGGAUAAUAUAAGACCUGAACAGAAGAUUGUUAUUGAUUCAAUUUUGAAAGUUAGCAAUGCACUAUCACGAUUGAUUAAUGAUGUGAUGGAGAUUGCGGCAAAUGACAAUGGAAGCUUCCAGUUAGAGAUGAAACCUUUCCAUCUACAUUCAAUGAUGAGGGAAGCUUCUUGCACUGCCAAGUGUUUGUGUAUAUAUAAAGGCUUUGGUCUUGAAGUUGAUGUUGACAAGUCUUUGCCUGAUCUGGUCAUUGGUGAUGAGGCAAGGACUUUCCAAGUAAUUUUACAUAUGAUUGGCUAUUUAUUGAACAUAUAUGAUAAAGGGAAUCUCAUUUUUCAAGUUUAUCUUAAAAGUGAUAGUGGAGAUAGAGAUGACAGAAGUUUUGGAUUAUGGAGAUCGAGCAUGCAAAAUGAGUAUGUACAUAUUAAAUUUAAUUUUCAGAUAAAUGGUAUAAGUUCCCAGUCAGAUGAAUCAGUUUCAACAAGAAAUUAUACUGGUAGAAGGCACUACAACAAUGAACCUAAGGAAGGCCUGAGCUUCAGCAUGUGCAAAACGCUGGUGCAGAUGAUGCAAGGUAAUAUUUGGAUAUCAACUAACUCUCUGGGUUUGGCACAAGGAAUGACGCUUCUUCUCAAGUUUCAGAUAGGAUCAUCCCAUGGAAGAUUCACUCUUGCUCCUACAGAUUUUUCAAACUCUCAGUUUAGAGGGCUUAAGGUUGUGUUGGCUGAUGAUGAUGAUGUAAACAGGACUGUGACCAAGAAGCUGCUUGAGAAACUGGGGUGUCAAGUAACUGCUGUUUCAUCAGGAUUCGAAUGUCUUGGUGCUAUAAGUGGCUCUGGUAACUCAUUCAAAAUUAUUCUGUUGGAUCUUCACAUGCCUGAAAUGGAUGGUUUUGAAGUUGCAAGAAGGAUUCGGAAAUUCCAAAGCCAUAAUUGGCCCUUGAUCAUAGCUUUUACUGCAAGUGCAGAAGAACACAUCAAGGAGAGAUGUCUACAGGUGGGAAUGAAUGGAUUGAUUCGAAAACCUAUCCUCCUUCGUGAGAUAGCAGAUGAACUUGGAACAGUCUUGCAACGUGCAGGUGAAAAAUUGUGACAACAAUUUUAAAUAUCUCAAAUUUUUUAGGUUCCUCAAAAUUCAUUACUUUGACAUUUUGAAAGAGAACCUGAAAUUCUUAACAAACUAAAUAUACUAGAUACUAGGUUCUAGGUUCAUUUUGCUAACCAUUUUUUCUGUGUGAUCUUUUUACCGUACAAUGAAUUAUGGAUUUCUACAAGGUGUAUAGAACGGCUUCCCACCAUCAAAUAGAAAAGUAUGAAAUGCAAAAUUCUGAAAUUGCGUAUACUUUCUUGCAUUUAUUUAUUUAUGAAAAGAUGGAUGAAUGUGCCAAAACUUUGAUUUUUCAACGUA